AUGUUCCCUGUGACUCUGACACUGCUUCUCCUCCAAAAACCGCUCGUGGUCAGUUCCUCGAAAGAUGACCGACACAUUUGCACAGAGAAAUCUGUGGCACGCUGCAAGGGAGAUGUGGUCAUUGCUGGGAUUUUCCCCUUUUAUUCUUGGGAAUUUGUUCACAACAUGAAUGAUCCUGCUGCACAACAACAGAGCAAUCAUAUCAACUUAAAGAAAUACCAAUUGCUUCUCACCCUGGUGCUUGCAGUGGAGGAGAUCAACAAGAAUGCUCAUCUGCUACCCAACAUGACUAUAGGGUUUGAGAUCUAUAGUGCACAUUACAAAGAUACUGAUUUAUUAGAGGAUCCACUCAUAUGGCUGUCUGGGAAGAAUAAAAACAGCCCUAAUUACACCUGCAGAAGAGACAGCAAAGCUUUAGCAGUACUCACAGGAACCUCAAGCACAUCUGUACCAAUCUGGACACUGCUGGACCUCUACAAACUUCCACAGUUCACCUUUGGGUCAUUUGAUCCUCUCCUGAGUGACCAUAGAAAGUUUGGUACUGUCUAUCAGAUGGCUGCCAAGGACUCAGCUCUAGCCCUGGCCAUAGUCUCCUUGAUGCUUCAUUUCAGCUGGACCUGGGUGGGACUAUUCAUCACCGAAGAUGACUAUGGUGUGUGGUUCCUCUCAGAAUUGAGAGAAGAGAUGGACAAGAAUGGAGUUUGUUUGGCCUUUGAGAACAUGAUCACUUACAGUGCCUUUUUAGAUUUCACAAAUGAUCUAUGGAUGCAUCGCCAGCUAAUGGAAUCAUCAACCAAUGUGAUUAUCAUUUAUGGGGACAGUAAAUUUCUACUAAGCUUUAUUCUUAAAUUUGGGUACUUUUUAAUUACAGAGAAAGUCUGGGUCAUGAACUCACCCUAUGAUGAUGUGACUAUUGCUAAAAGACAUUUUCUCAUUGACCCUUUCCAUGCACCUCUCAUCUUCUCUCACCACCAUAGAAACACUUCUGGGUUCACCAAUUUUAUUCUGACAGAGAUCUUCUCCAAGAACUCAAGAGAUAAUUCCCUUCCCAUGUCAUGGAUUCAGUCUGUUUAUUGCUUACUGGUUAAGUCUGACUGUAGAGACUUGGGGCACUGUUCAUACAUUGCCACACUGGAUUGGAUGCUGAGGCACAUUUUUGACAUGACCAUGUCAGACGAGAGUUACAACAUCUACAACGCUGUGUAUGCUGGCGAUGAGAGGAAAGAGAAUUAUGGAACCCAGAUUAACAGCGAUUCUCACUCCUCACCAGACAUGGAGCAGUGUGUGAGGUGUCCAGAUCAUCAGUUGGCCAACACUGAGAGAAACACCUGCCUCUUGAAAACUGAGAGUUUCCUGGCUUAUGAAGACCCCCUGGGCAUGUCUCUGGCCUGCACUUCUCUCUGCUGCUCUGUACUCACAGCUGCUGUUCUUGGGGUGUUUAUCAAGCACCAAGACACCCCCAUUGUCAAGGCCAAUAACCGGGCCCUCAGUUACAUCCUGCUCAUCUCCCUCAUCUGCUGCUUCCUCUGUUCCUUGCUCUUCCUUGGCCGUCCCCACACAGCCACCUGCAUCCUCCAGCAUACCACAUUCGCAGUAGUCUUCACUGUGGCUGUCUCCACAGUCUUGGCCAAGACCAUCACUGUGGUUCUUGCCUUCACGCUCACUGCUCCAGGGAGAAGCAUGAGGCAGUGGCUGCAAUCCCGGGCUCCUAACCUCAUCAUUCCCAUCUGCACCCUCAUCCAGGUGACCCUCUGUGGCCUCUGGCUGGGAAUCUCUCCUCCCUUUGUGGACACAGAUGUACAUUCUGAACAUGGCCAUGUUAUCAUCCUGUGCAACAUGGGCUCCCUCAGUGUCUUCUACUGUGUCCUGGGAUACCUGGGCUUCCUAGCCCUGGCCAGCUUCACAGUGUCUUUUCUGGCCAGGAACCUGCCUGACACUUUCAAUGAGGCCAAAUUCCUGACCUUCAGCAUGCUGGUGUUCUGCAGUGUGUGGCUCACCUUCCUGCCUGUCUACCACAGCACCAAGGGGAAGGUCAUAGUGGCCAUGGAGGUCUUCUCCAUCUUGGCCUCCAGUGGAGGUCUCCUGGGCUGCAUCUUUGCCCCCAAGUGCUACAUCAUCUUGCUAAGACCUGAGAGAAAUUCUCUGUCCAGGUUCAGGGAGAGCUCACAGUCUGGAAGAAACAGACAUUAA